AUGUCUGCCGAGACUUUCGAGUUCCAGGCUGAGAUCUCUCAGCUCCUCUCCCUCAUCAUCAACACUGUCUACUCCAACAAGGAGAUUUUCCUGCGUGAGCUGAUCUCUAACGCCUCCGAUGCUCUGGACAAGAUCCGCUAUGAGUCCCUGUCCGACCCCUCCAAGCUCGACUCGGGCAAGGAUCUCCGCAUCGACCUGAUCCCCAACGCUGAGGCCAAGACCCUCACCAUCCGUGAUACCGGUAUCGGUAUGACCAAGGCUGACCUCAUCAACAACCUCGGUACCAUUGCUCGCUCUGGUACCAAGCAGUUCAUGGAGGCUCUCUCCGCUGGUGCUGAUAUCUCCAUGAUCGGUCAGUUCGGUGUUGGUUUCUACUCUGCCUACCUUGUGGCCGACCGUGUCACCGUCAUCUCCAAGCACAACGAUGACGAGCAGUACAUCUGGGAGUCCGCUGCCGGUGGUACUUUCACCCUCACCCAGGACACCGAGGGUGAGCAGCUUGGCCGUGGUACCAAGAUCAUCCUUCACCUGAAGGAUGAGCAGACCGACUACCUCAACGAGAGCCGUGUCAAGGAGGUUGUCCGCAAGCACUCCGAGUUCAUCUCCUACCCCAUCUACCUCCACGUCCUGAAGGAGACCGAGAAGGAGGUCCCCGAUGAGGAGGCUGAGACCAAGGAGGAGGAAGAGGGUGACGAGAAGAAGCCCAAGAUCGAGGAGGUCGAUGAGGAGGAGGAGAAGAAGGAGAAGAAGACCAAGACCGUCAAGGAGAGCAAGAUCGAGGAGGAGGAGCUUAACAAGACCAAGCCCAUCUGGACUCGUAACCCCGCCGACAUCACCCAGGAGGAGUACGCUGCCUUCUACAAGUCCCUCUCCAACGACUGGGAGGACCACUUGGCCGUCAAGCACUUCUCCGUCGAGGGUCAGCUCGAGUUCCGUGCCAUCCUCUACGUCCCCAAGCGUGCUCCCUUCGACCUGUUCGAGUCUAAGAAGACCAAGAACAACAUCAAGCUCUACGUCCGCCGUGUCUUCAUCACUGAUGACGCCACUGACCUCAUCCCCGAGUGGCUCAGCUUCGUCAAGGGUGUUGUCGACUCUGAGGACCUUCCUCUCAACCUGUCCCGUGAGACUCUCCAGCAGAACAAGAUCAUGAAGGUCAUCAAGAAGAACAUCGUCAAGAAGACUCUUGAGCUCUUCACCGAGAUCGCUGAGGACCGCGAGCAGUUCGACAAGUUCUACUCUGCUUUCAGCAAGAACAUCAAGCUCGGUAUCCACGAGGACGCCCAGAACCGCCCCACUCUGGCCAAGCUCCUCCGCUACCAGUCCACCAAGUCUGGUGAUGAGGCCACUUCCCUUGCCGACUACGUCACCCGUAUGCCCGAGCACCAGAAGCAGAUCUACUACAUCACCGGCGAGUCCAUCAAGGCUGUUGCCAAGUCUCCCUUCCUCGACAGCCUCAAGCAGAAGAACUUCGAGGUUCUGUUCCUGGUUGACCCCAUUGACGAGUACGCUUUCACUCAGCUGAAGGAGUUCGAUGGCAAGAAGCUGGUCGACAUCACCAAGGACUUCGAGCUUGAGGAGUCCGAGGAGGAGAAGGCCGAGCGCGAGAAGGAGGAGAAGGAGUUCGAGGGUCUUGCCAAGAGCCUCAAGAACAUCCUCGGCGACAAGGUCGAGAAGGUCGUUGUCUCCCACAAGCUCGUUGGCUCUCCUUGCGCCAUCCGUACCGGCCAGUUCGGUUGGUCCGCUAACAUGGAGCGUAUCAUGAAGGCCCAGGCCCUCCGUGACACCUCCAUGAGCUCUUACAUGUCCUCCAAGAAGACUUUCGAGAUCUCUCCCAAGUCCUCUAUCAUCAAGGAGCUCCGCAAGAAGGUUGAGGCCGAUGGCGAGGGUGACCGCACCGUCAAGUCCAUCACUCAGCUGCUCUUCGAGACCUCUCUCCUGGUCUCCGGUUUCACCAUUGAGGAGCCCGCCAGCUUCGCUGAGCGUAUCCACAAGCUCGUCUCCCUUGGUCUGAACAUUGACGAGGAGGCUGAGACCACCGAGGAGAAGGCUGCUGAGGAGGCUGCCCCUGCCGCCGCUGCUGCCGAGAGCUCCAUGGAGGAGGUUGACUAA